AUGUUUCACUCGGGUAUUGAUUUCGGUGGAAAUCAUUAUCAUUUAUUUGGUGCAUCGAAUUCACAAUUAAAAGAUCAUUCAUUUUGGUUUAUUAAAGGAUUAACUCUCCAUGAAAUUCAUCAAAGACAACAAUUAUUAAGUCAAUCUGAUCAAAUUCUUAAUUUAGGCACUUAUUUUGCUCGAUUAGGUUUAUGGUUUAGUAAAACGGAUUCAAUCAACCUCACCCAUCAGAUUGCAAUACAAAUACUUAAACUUGUACUUACAAAUUACACUGACGAGAGUGUAGAAUUAGCUGUGCGACUGUUGAAAGAAUGCGGACAAAAGUUAUUACAAGACAGUCGACAGCAAUUAGAUGAUAUUAUUACAGCAUUAUCAAAUUUAUCUGAUGAAGAAUCAUUAAAUGCACGAUCACAAACUUUAAUUCGAGAUUCAUUGCUCCUUCGGCAAGAAGAAUUUCAAAAGCGUCCAUCAGUUAAGCUUGGCUUGAAUUUUGUGGACAAAAAAGAUCAAUAUACUCAUAUUUUUGAUAUAGUUAGUUUGUGCGAUGUAGAAGGAAAUCUAAAUUCAUUUCAUUUUGACAAAGAUUACGAAUCUAACGAAAGUUAUUACAAAGAAAGCCAAAAAAAGAUUCUCGAACAAAACAAUAGCAACGAAGAUAAAUCAAAUUCAAAUUCGUCAAAUGAUAAUGAAAUGGACGUUAGUUUAACAACAACAGAUACGAUUCAUUCUAGUUCAGAGCAAUCUGAUGACAAGGAGAAUUAA